UCGAAAUGGAAUGACUCUUUUUUGCCGCCAUUAUUCUGAGUUCCGCCGACAAGAGAACAGCCCGCUAUCUGCACGCUACCAGCAAAAUUGCGAUUAUUAUAAUUAAAUUGCAGUAAAGGUUGCGUGUAGACGAAACGGGAUUGUCCAACAUGGCCACAAAGAAGAAGCGUUCUCCGAGCACAGGGACUGACACAUGGGUCGUUAUUGCUGCAGACUCUGCAGUAAGUACAUCAAAGACGGAUAGCAGAGACCCAGUCUUAGUCCGGUUAAAAAAUCCUUCUACAGGUCUGGUAUCGCUCUACAUGUUUGCGGGUGGUGACGCCCGUGUGUUUGAGAUGAAGGCCUUUAAGGAAGACCACCACUCCUGGUUCAUCGGCCAGACAGUACACAGAGAUGGAAGACUUUUGUACGUCACUCCGGUGGAUCCCCUUUACCUUGUAUUGCCCUACUUGAUAAAAGCAGGAAAAGAGGGAAAAUUUCAACCUGUGCAGCAAAUGGUCAUGGAUGAAGAUUUCCCAGCCUGCACCAGGCUAUUGAAUUGUUUGGGGGAACAUGCCUCACUUGCCCAUAUUGCCGAGGAGAAAGAAGUUGGAAAUCAGAAGUUCCACAGAUACAGCCAGGAGAAGACAAUGGAGUGGUUAAAGAAAAAGGUGGAUAAGAUUGUGAAGGUUCUUAAGAACAGUGACAUUUCAGUUGGUGGGGGCGUGAAAUCCACAACUUACAUCAGAGUGAAGAAGGAAUCCGAUGUUCUGGACGAAGAGUAUCUACGAUAUGCCCAUGGAUUAAUAUCCGAGUAUCUGAGUGAGGACCUGAGCAGGGACCUCCAGAAGCAUUUACAGUUACCUGAUGUUUCAAGUCCUAAAAAGGCAGAACCUCCAAAUAAGAAGCGGAAACUGUCUGACAAGCCUGUUGAGGCAGCGGAAGACUACACCAAGUUCAACAGUGGAGACUUUGCUAGAAAACCCCCAAAGAAGAUGACAGCCGUGCAGAAAUCUCUGGCCAAAGUGGACAAGACCGGGAUGAAGACCAUGUCGUGUUUCUUCAGCCCGAAACCCAAGGCCGAGGGCAAAUGAGUGUGAAGUGUUCAAAUGUAUAUGAUCUUUUUGCUAAUAAAAGUGUAAUGUGUAAUCCA